GGUCAGGGAGCCCAUCUGCACCCCCUUCCUCUCCCAGGAGCUAUAAAGGAGUGCAGAAGCACCAGCAGCUCCGACCUGAGCAGCCUCCCGGAGAAGAUGCAGCCACUCCUGCUCCUGCUCCUGCUGGCCUUUUGCCUGUCUUCUGGGGCCAAGGCAGGAGAGAUCAUCGGGGGACAUGAGGCCAAGCCCCACUCACGGCCCUAUAUGGCAUUACUUCAGAUUGAAAGCCCGAGCGGGCAGAUCAAGUGUGGUGGGUUCCUGAUACAAGCGAUGUUCGUGCUGACAGCCGCUCACUGUUGGGGAAGCUCCAUCAGAGUCACCCUGGGCGCCCACAACAUCAAGGAACAGGAGAAGACCCAGCAGGUCAUCCCCGUGAGAAGAGCCAUCCGCCACCCAGACUAUAGUCCAAAGAACUACUCCAGUGACAUCAUGCUACUGCUGCUGGAGAGGAAGGCCAAGUUGACUGCGGCUGUGAAGACUCUCCCCCUGCCCAGGGGCAAGGCCCGGGUGAGGCCAGGACAGGUGUGCAGUGUGGCCGGCUGGGGGCAGAUUGAGGCCAAGACACGCAGGUACCCAGACACUCUGCAGGAGGUGUCACUGGAAGUGCAGAAGGAUUCAGAGUGCGAAUUCCUCUUACCCAAGUAUUAUGACAGCACCACUCAGCUGUGCGUGGGGAAUCCAAAGGAAACCAAGUCUUCCUUUCAGGGAGAUUCUGGGGGCCCUCUCGUGUGUAACAAUGUGGCUCAAGGCAUUGUCUCCUAUGGACUAAAAAAUGGGAGACCUCCCCGGGCCUACACCAAAAUCUCAAGUUUCCUGCCCUGGAUAAAGGAAACCAUGAAGAAGCUCCACCCGCAGUAACCAGACUAUCUGCUCUAGAGCUGAUCCAGAAUCACACUGGGAAGGGUGGAGGGAGGGUGCCA